AUGGGGGAUUUGGAGUCUGGUUUUGAAGAGAUGGAUGAUUUAUACAUCGAUCACCACCAUCACAUAGGGAAUUUCCAGGAAAGCUGCAGCAGCGACACAGAGUCCAGCUCGUACUCUGAACGUGCUGACAACGACUCGGAUUUUGGGUCUAGUUUGUCAGCCACCAGUAACUCUGGGACUUCAGACGAAGAAGAAGAUGACUCUGUGUCGGAAUCUUCGGAUGCCAGUUCAGACGAGGACAGUUCUUCCCAGUCUGAUUCCAGCUCCGUCUCGAGCCAAGUUUCCUUGCAGAGUAUUCGAUUCAGGCGCACGGGCUUUCCAGCCUUCAACAGUAAAGCACCUUUACUAACACAGCCUACUUUUCACUAUGACCUCCAGCACCGGACACAAAAUCAAAGCGGGCCACCCUUGUUUGAUUGUAGAGUAUCUAACAGGAAACUCCAGAAUUUCGACUUAAAACUCUGUGUGAAGAAACAAGGGGAGUCCGGCGCAUCGAGGCAGCGUAAAACCUGUCCACUUGUUCUUCGAAGUUGCUCUCCCGAAUCAAGGAGGGAAGGAAUUUCUGAGAUUGCAUUAUCACACUUUGGAGUUCCGCAUGAACCAAAGUGUACCGACCCUACAAUAAACCAUAUAAAAGGAGGAGGCCCUUUACCUUGCUUACAAGAAAACAAAGACUCCCAUAAACAAAGGGUGCCCGGACUGGCGAAUAAAUACCCCCAGCCAUUGAUUUCAAACUGUGUCCAUGACAAAGAAACUGAGAUUUCCCAGUCCCCCGACAAAAAUAAUUCAUUAGGUGUAAAUUUCAAGAAGGAAACGAAUAUUAGCCAUUGUCUGAAUGCCUACCCGCAUCUGUGUACUAUCAAGACAGAAACUGAGGAGAAAAGCACACCCCCAAGUUACCACAGCGAGAACGCCACCACAGCGAAAACGCCGCCAACUCUACUGCACAAUGUUAAAAUCAAAGUAGAGGAGAACUUUGAGGAAUACCAGUACUCGUCUGAGAUCCCUGGUUUCGGACCGGAUUAUCAAUGCAACGAGGCCAAUAUUACAGAUGCGCAAUGUCUGAAAGGAGAGGAAAAACUAGUAUACCAUUUCGAAAACACGAAUAAUGCCACUGAAGAUGCCGAAAACCCCGCGACCUCACGAAACUCUCCAGAAAGGACACAGGAAUUCAAAAGCACUUUAUGCACUCGGUGUCCUGAGGAAGGAGAGUACAAAAACGGCGCGAAGGUAAGGAAGAACUACAGAACCUUGGUGCUUGGGAAACAAUCUGGAAUUCCGAGGACGAAAGCUGAUAGGACUGUGCAUUCUACAGGUAAACAUGAGUACCGUGAAGGAUCACCGGAGGAUUUUACCGGCGCAAACAAACGCAAACGCGCAACCGUCAACGUAGCAGCGGUGAAAAAACCGUUCAACCUCAUGGCUAAUUUUCCGUCUCCUCCUUCACUAAUUAUUGGCAGUGACGGGGAUUUGAGCCCUGCUUACUCCCUGAAGUCUACAAACGGCGAGCAGUCACUUUUGAGGUCUCACCCGGUCUGGAAGUGGCAACUUGGUGGUUCUGCCGUACCUCUCCCACCCAGUCACAGAUUCAGGAAAUUCUAAUUUAACAAAAUCUUUUUGUGAAUGUCUGUGACAUCGUGCCAAUAUGCCAAAUCUACGGAAACGUCCUAAAUGGAAUAACAAGCACCGAGGACCUGCUCUGGUAGUUGAUUUGCUUUCGUCUUGGUGGGUUGCCAUUCCACGCUGUUAUUUGAACCCUCCGUACAGAAACUGCAAUCUAGCUCUUCUGGAGAUUGAACACGUUCCAGUUUACCGUCUCACACCAAUACCUCAAGGAUUUCUACAGAUAAGGCUAAACAAUAGCCAUUCGAUUUGUGCGGUAUAGUUUUGCAAAAUGACAUGAUGUUUACCUUGUUAGACUGUAUUCAGUUAAACGGAUACUACAAUUGUACUGAUUGGCCCGGGACACUGUUUUGCAAAACCUCAGCUGCCUUGCUGUGAAAUGUUUAUUAACAUUAAUUGAUUGAAUUGUAGGUAGUAUCAAUUUUGCAGAUUCAUGUAUCAAUUUUGCUGUACGGUUUCCCCGCUCAAUGUUGACAACACUGUUAGAUAACUGUAUAGGGUCCUACCAUUUAUUCGCCGUCUUUGUGUGUUUCUUGGACUGAUUCAGUUAUGCUAUCCUGUUAUUUGUACCCAGGGAAACUAUGAUUUAAGUUGUACACACGCGCUCACACACCCACGCACACACAAACAACAGUGACUGUAUAGGCCACCACGGCCAGCCUUAUAUCCUGACAAUCAAGUGGGUUUAAAAAAAAAAAAAGAUUUGCACACACACGCGCGCACGCGCGCGCACGCACGCACGCACGCACGCACACACACACACACACACACACACACAGAGAACAAAUCAAUACUUCGCUAGCACAUUCUUUAAAUUAUGCAGAACAUUUCACGGAAGCAAACAGUCACGUUCAGUGUAGGUGCUGAAUGACUGUAAAUCUAGACAUUAGACCUACAUUCAUCAAAGGAGAAACCACUGCACCAAUGUAGAAUAAGUUCAGUGGUUAGGCAACACAAUUUGGGAAACUUCCGAGUUUUGUAGUGAUGGCACAUUUAGACUUAUAAACGCAAAGAGGCCAUUGCUUCUUUCUCUUGUGCCUGUUUUAGUCACAAUGCUGUUCAAAGCGUUUUUCCCUCGUGAAAACAAAAUACCAGGGUAUCCUGCAUAUCUUCACACAAGGGUACAAGAAAUCACAACAGCACAUCAGUCAUUUUUAUGCAGCCCAUUCUUUGGAAACGUGAACAAACUUAGGUCUGGAGUCAAAUAACUGCCAUCGCUCUGUCAAUGAGAAAGUAAAGAUGUUCACUUGUACUUGUAACGCUAAAAACGAUACACGAAUCUGGUAAUCAGCGAUGUAUUAUUAUCAACUGUAUGAUAUUUUCAACAAAUAAUAUAGAAUAUGUCAUCUCGGAUAACAAAUUGCAUGAACUAUGCUAAAGAUAAACACAUUCAGGCGUUCUGUCAUAAUUUAAAUCCCUAAAAGCAGAGCUGCUGCCUCGGGUGGUUUCGAGUAGGCCUCUGAUUUAGGCUAUAUACGUUUUCAUUCAAAAGCUGUGAACUGGUCGUGUUUGUUGUAAAUGCUGUUAAAUAUACACCAGUAUGCAAAUCACAAAUCACUGAAAAGACAAGCAAAAUGUAGCCAAUGUUUUCUUGCAAAGAUGUCACGGUAUGUGUAUUCAACCUUAAAGUUCAAAAUAUUUUUACGCGCAGUCCUGGAAAAGUAGGACUAGGCCGGACCAGACCGACCUAGUCUAGAUUUAUCUCGCUAUGAACAGACCUCGUUGUUCUUAGCAAGAGCUACAGAAUGUAAAUGUAUAUUUUAUUCACAAAAAUGCAUGAUGGAAUUAGAGUUUAAAGCGGGUUGAAAAUGUUUCACGUAAAUAGACAUUGAGGAAUAUCACGACUGGACCAUUUCAACACGCGUUUUUCUAUUGUCUGUCGAUCAACCGAUCAAGGGAGGCUUUUUCAACCCGCCGUCCAGUUUGGGAUUCUUGAACAACCUGACUUGGAAUUUCUAAAAUUGAUCACAAAUCACCAUGUAUAAAGAUAUAAUAUAACAUUUGAAAUAAUAAUGCAUACAAUGGUUAGUCGUACACAAUUAUCGUAUGUUUUACUUUAGAUGCUACAGUCCAUUUUCCAAAAAAAAAAAAAAACUAGUAUGUAAAGGACUGUACUCCUCUCAUUGACAAGCUUCGUUUGCAAUCAUUAAUGAGGACACAUGGGUUAUACCUUUGACGCAGGUCAUAACAUCACGUAGUGAAACAAUGUUAAUAACACACAAGGCAGAGCUGUUACCACUGGGAUGAAGAAAGCUUUUCUGACUGAAAACGCCCCCAUUGCUCGUCUUCAUUGAACUCAAAACACGUGAAUUUAAAAUAUGAAGCUUUUCCAAACUUGCCUGUACAACUGAAGUUUGUUUUGUGUUCGGAUUUGAAGGCCGUGAAUGGUCGUGCACUGGAUAGUCCUAUCACAGAUUCAUUUUUUACUGUUAUUUUCUUUCUGAUUACGAGAGGCAGAAACUCUCACUCAGUUGCUCCUUUAAUCCAAUUAGUAAUUUCCUUAUUUGCUAUUUUCCUUAUCUGUUGUCACAUAAUGCUACGCUUUAAUGGGGUGCACAAAAACACACCAACGUCACAUGAAGACUUAGGCAUCUCUGCAGAGUUAGAAAAUAUAUUAAUUCACCCGAUGCUCAAUGGGGGUGUUCAUCUCUUAGACAAUGGAAGGUGGUUUCAUUUUGAGUGGGUUCCUCAAACGGCAAUGAAAAUCUGGCAGUGAGGUCUGAUCAACGCAAAACUAGUACCCUACCUUGUUUUGCUGCUGACUGCCCGACCUUAAAACUCCUCUCCCCCGCAUCAACUGCGAUACUUGAGGUCAGAUUUUGACGAGACAUUUUAAGUCACUGGUUGUGCAUUGAAAAGUAAAUAUUUAUUUUUGUGAUUUACACCUUUUGUAAUAUUAUGG